AGUUAGUGACUAUAAAUACUACUGCCCUAAGUAGUGGGAAAGAACUGAAAAACACUAUAAAGACAACUCUGAGGGAAGACAAGAAUUUUGCAGUAAAUCAUCAGAAGGAGACACACUCAAUUCCCCACAAGCCCAAAAAGAUGUCACAAUGUGAGAAAGAUUUGGAAGCAGAAUUGGAAGUACUGAGAGAGACUUUUAAAUCUGGGAAAACUAGAGAAGAAUCUUGGAGGAGGACACAGUUAAAAAAUUUGCUCAGAUUUCUUGAAGAGAAAGAAGAUGACAUCUUCAAAGCCCUUAAACAAGACUUGGGAAAACACCAAGUUGAAGCUUACAGAGAUGAGAUUGGAACAUUAAUAAAAUCUGUGAAUUAUGCACUGGAUGGCUUAAAGCAAUGGAUGUGUGGCAAGAAGGCCAAAUUGCCAAUUGCUGCAUUCCCUUCUUCAGCAGAGUUGGUUCCUGAACCUCUUGGUCUAGUCCUCAUUAUUUCCUCUUGGAAUUUUCCUUUUGGUAAGCUUUUUUCUCCUUUCAAUUUUAAUUUUAGUUUUUCUCUAGCUUUGUCAGAAAAUGAUGAAUUUUAUGAUUAUUAUUACUCAAGUUAGCAGAAAAUUAAAAAUUUAAAAAUUGUAGUUCUCUUUAGAGAUUAUGUGU